AUAAGAUGAAUACAGCUAGGCACAGAGACGAAGCGAGGCUGUACUUAACACUGCCAAAGUGAAAGAAGCUACCUUUAAGCUUCUUCUUCUUCUUCUUCUUCUUAUUCCUUUCCUCAACUCUGUACCAGAAAAAAAAGAAGUAUGACACUUUUAUUUUUUAAAAAAUCAAACAAUAAUAAAAUGCAUUUAGAAAAUAUAUAACUGCAAAUGAAAAUGGAAGAUUAAACUUGUUACCUGUGCCACCGUCCUCUCUCUCUCUCUCACAGGCAAACGAAACCCUGAAACAGAGAGUUAAAAGUUAAAACAAAACACAAAUUUUGAGUGUGUUUCUAUCAGUGUCUCUAUCUCUGUCCUGAAACAAACAACCGCCUUUAUUACACUACAUCCCCCCCUUCUUAUAACCUAUCCACCUCCUCCACUCCUCUCUUCACAAAGGAGAUAAAGGAGAAAGAAGAGUUCAGACAGAAACUCUCUCUCUACUAUACCCACAAAUCUUAGAGAAAUUAUGAAUAAACAAGAUGUUAUGAAGCUUCAGACUUGUGUUCUGAAAGUGAAUGUACACUGUGAAGGCUGUAAGCAUAAAGUGAAAAAACAGUUGCAGAAAAUCGAAGGAGUGUACUCUGUAAAAGCAGAUGUAGAACAGGGGAAAGUCACUGUCACAGGAAACGUGGACCCAGCCAUUCUCGUUAAGAAGCUGAGCAAAUCAGGUAAACACGCCGAGAUCAUAGGCGGUGGUGACGGAGGAAAAGGUGGAAAAGAGAGCAACGGGAAAGCUAAUGGGGGUGGUGGAGGAGGAAAUGGUCAACCAAUGCAAUUGACUCCUCAGCAGAUUCAACAAUUGAUGAUGAUGAAGGCUGCUCAAGGUGGUGGAGGUGGCGGGAAGGAUAUGAAGAUGAUGAUGCCUCCUGUGGCAUCUAAGGAUCAGAAGAAGUCUGUUAAGUUUGAGGAAGAGGAGGAUGACGAUGAGUUUAGUGAUGAUGAUGAUUAUGAUGAUGAUGAUGAGUUUAGCGAAGAUGAUUAUGAUGACGAUGAGUUCGAUGAGGAUGAUGAAGAUGAUGGUGAUGAUGAUGAAUUGGGAGGACAUGGUCAUGGUGGAGGUGGAGGAGGAGGUAAUCAUCACAUCCCUCCUAACAAGAUGCCUCAAAUGGGUGGUGGAGCUAAGGGACCUAAUGAGAUUAUGAUGAUGAUGAAUGGUCUCAAAGCCGGUGGUGGUGGCGGUGGCGGAGGAGGUGGGUUUCAGAUUCCGGUGAAAAUGAAGGGAAUGAAUGAGGGUAAAAUGGGAAAAGAGGGCAAGAAAGAAAGGAAAGAGAGUGAAGGAGGUGAGGGUAAAAAGGGAAAAGCAGAUGCCAAAAGUGGUGGUGGCCUUCUAGGAUUUUUCAAAAAGGGUAAAAGUGAAAAGGGAGGUGAGAAGAAGGGAGGUGGUAAGAAAGAAGACGGUGGAGGUGAUAAGGUGAAGGCCUCCGCUGGCGGGGAAGGAGAUAAUGGGCCUAAAAAGGGAGGAGGUAAGUCGAAAGGAGGAGCCCAUGGGGCCCAUGAUAUCGAUGAGAUCAUGAAACAUGUCAAAGCAGGCGGAGGAGGUAACAAGGUGAAAGGGAUGAGUGGCCCAAUGGGUCAAGGAGGUCCCAUGGGUAUGAUGGCUCCAAUGGGACACCAAGGCGGUGGCGCAUUCCCGGCAGUUCAAGGCUUACCGAUGAGCGGAGGCGGAGGAUACUAUCCACCACCGCCUCAUGCAAUGAACCAACAACAGUAUAUGCAAAUGAUGAUGCAACAACAACAUCAACAACAACAGGCUGCUUUUCACGGAGGAUAUGGUGGUGGUGGUCACGGUGCAGACAUGUACCAUCCGAUGAUGUAUGCUCGGCCUUAUCCGGCAGUGAAUUAUGCUCAUCCACCUCCAAUGCCGCCUCCACACUCGGGUCUUUAUACUGAUGUGUUCAGCGAUGAGAAUCCAGCUGGUUGUAGUAUCAUGUGAUCUUUUGAUAAUUGGUAAUUAUAAAACGAAUAUGAAUAUGAAUAUGAAUAUGUUUGUCUAAGAAGUCUUAUGUUUUUUUUGGGGGCUGUCUUUUUCUUUUGUAAUCUCAAUCAGGAAUGGCAACAACAUGUGCUUUAAUUUGGUUAGUGGGAAUAAUGUUUAUAGUAUCUCUAUUCCUGAAAAGAUAUAGUUGCAAAAUAAGAUGUUCGUUCAGUUUCGAAAUGUAUAAUGUUUAAUAUAGUUAUUAAUGUU